AUGGCGCAGUCCAUGGCGUCUGCCGGCAGCCAUACUGGGUGCUCUCCAGUCAAGCAAGUGCAUAGAAGAGCCCUCAACAAGGGGCCCCUUAGGAAUUUCAGUCUUACUGUACGGGCUCAGGGGGAGGAAGAUAGACUCAGCUUCCAAGAGUAUUUAGAACGACAACCGGAGCUCCCCCCAACUGUCAGCUCCAGCCCGCCCCAGUUCAAACCCCUCCAUGAGAUCGGUGAUGUCAUCGUGGGGAAGUAUCGCAUCACGGGGGUUCUCGGCAGCGGGGGGCUGGGGACCAUGUUUGAGGCGGAGUUGGUCGAUUCAAAUGGCAGCGCCGAUUCGGACAGUCCGAGUGGUGUUGCACAGACGUGGGAGGAAGCGGUGGCGGCGUCCAAAUCGGGGGGAGAAAGAAGCACGAAAGUGGCGUUGAAAGCAAUGUCGCUCAGGGGCAUGAAGGCCUGGAAGGACCUAGAGCUAUUUGAACGUGAGGCGCGCGUUUUGCAGUCGCUGAAGCACCCGGGCAUUGCCGAGUACAUUGAUUCCUUCGAGGUAGAUACGGAUGCCGACAGAACCUUCUACAUUGCGCAGAAGGUGGCGCCCGGAAAGUCGAUCGCGGAUCUCGUGAAGGGGGGCUGGCGCGUGGGGGAGGAGGAAGUGAAGAGGAUCGCAUUGGAAGUGUUGAAAGUUUUGGAGUAUCUGCAGAGUCUGCGGCCGGCGGUGGUGCACCGGGACAUCAAACCGGAGAAUAUCAUCAUUGACUCCGACGGGGCUGGAAGGGGCACUGGGGCUGUGAAGGUGGUUGAUUUCGGCGCCGUCCAGGAUCAGGCCGCCGCGACGUUUCUAGGCAGUACCGUCGUGGGCACGUAUGGCUACAUGGCCCCCGAGCAGUUCCGCGGAAAAGCGGUGCCGCAGAGCGACCUCUACGCGCUCGGCGCAACGAUGCUCUACAUGCUGUCAGGGCGACCACCUUCCGAAUUCCCGCAACGGCGUCUGAAAGUGGAGUUCCGCGACCGAGUCUCGAUGAGCCCCGGACUUGCUGACGUUUUGGACCGCCUGCUCGAGCCCGCCGUUGAAGACCGCUACCAGUCCGCAGCGGAAGUCGCCAGGGCGAUCAGUGGCGCGAACGAUCGGAGCUCGAUCGGGGGGUGGGUCGGACGGCAAAGUGCGGACACUCGGGUCCCUGAAAGCUUCACGCCGCUCAGGAAACCGGCGGGGUCAAAAGUGGAACUAGAGCGGAGCGGCGGCCGCAUACAUAUAGAGGUUCCUCCCCAGGGACUCACGGAGCAGAACCUCAGCACCGGCACGUUUGCUUUGGCCUGGAACGGCUUCAUCGCGUUUUGGACGGCGAGCGCCAUCACCGGCGGAGCGCCUAUCCUCUUCUCGCUCUUCUCCAUACCUUUCUGGGCGGUGGGGUUCGGGCUUGCCAAGUCGGCCCUCUCGGGCGUCUCCGUCAAGACGACGCUUGACAUUGGGGUACAGAAUUUCACAAUAAAGUGGGAGGUAGCCGGCGGCUUAUGGUCCCACACCGUGGAGGGCCGCACGGACGACCUUGCGAGCGCGCAGGUCGUGAUGACCGGCAGCGUGAACGGGCAGCCAUUGAGGAACUGCCAGGUGGCAGAAGGGAUCAAGAAGCACACCUUCGGGGACGGGCUGACGGAGGUCGAAAAGAAGUGGGUCGUCAGCGAGUUGGCGACGUUCCUCAAGUCCGUCAACCCAGGUUACAGGGGACCUUCACCUGCCGAAAUUGAGCAGAGCGCCCCGCAAUCACUUCAACCACCUUUCCAGCAACCAACGAAUAGAAAAUUAGACGACCGAUCUCGAUGGCGUAGGUGGAACGAUUUUGAUGAUGAUGAUUGAUGAGAUCAUCGUGAAUACGCUUGCUUGCGAAGAAUCUUCGUCCCAUG